AUGGAAACAGCGCCCGCUGCCCGCAAAGGCUCAGGACUCGCCUUCCAGGCCCGGAGUCGAACCCAUCUCCAGGUAGUGUCGAGGCCAGGCCCGGCGGCGGCGAGGCGCGGAGCACAGCUCACCGAGGUGCGGACGCUCACCCGAUCAAGGUCACCCAGGCAGAGGCUCGGGGGGCCAGGCCCGCUGGCCCGCGAGGAGCUCGGAGGAGUCGGCGGCGAGGGGCGGGGCGAGGGGCGGGACCGCAGGGCCGUGCGCGCGCGCGCCCGCUGCCCUCCGCCCGCCCGUCGCCCAGGGCCGGGCCGGCGGGCGCGCCCCCGCUGCUCCGUCGUCUCCCCUCGCCCGCCGCGUCUUGAGGCGCGCGCCCGCCCGCCGCCUGCCGCGGAUCGCGUGGUCUGCUCUGCUCGCCGCGCCUCUCCCCCGUCCGUCCAUAUUGCUGCAGCCCCCGAGCCGGGAAGCCCGGGCCGCCCCGGGGGCGGGGGGGAGGGAGGGACGGGACGAGAAGCCUGCCCGGCUCGGGGUGGGGGCGUCUUGCGAGGAGCGGGCGGGGGGGGACGCACGCCGAGGAGGCCUGGACAGCCGAGUGGGGAGCCUUCCUCCCCCCCCGCCCCUCUAGAGGGCCUCGGAUUUACAGCGGCUGCACCUAACUGGGAGGGGGCCGCGCCUCGCGUGAACCCCGACCCUUCUCCGCAGGGACUGGGGCCCAGCGCCCCCGAGGAAGGCGUCGCGGGCGCCCGACGAGCCAAGUUC